AUGGAUUGUUUGGUCCACAUUUUUGAGAGACUGGGAUUGGAGGAUUUGGUUUUGGGAGUGCCUUUUACAUGCAAGUCUUGGUACAAAGCUUCUCUCGAUCCUCUACCAUGGAAAGUACUCAACUUCCGUUGGCUAAAUCUCCACCGUCGGAUCUCUUUCCAGAACAGAUUCCAGCGCGAGUACCGUUUAGACAAAUUCUCCUUCUUGGGCCUCCUACGAUUCGCAGUCAAUCGUAGCCGUAGAUCUGCUGUGGAGAUCACAUUUCCUUCUUCGCAUUUCAUCUCUUUAAACGAGUUGGCGUAUGUAUCAGACGACUGGGCCCAGCAGAUGAAAGGUCAAGAUCCUGUGUAUGGGUCACAAGUAAGGAGAAAGGAUGCUGGAAAUCUUGUAUAUAGGCCUGACUUAUGCCCGUCGCUGAAAAUCCUUUCUUUGCCUUACAAACGGUUGCUUGAAGUUGAUAAACAAAUUGCUCAAUUCAUGCCCAAAUGGAAGGAUCUUGAACACUUGAACAUGUAUGUAAAUCCAAGAUCGUUCAACCAAAUCAUUAAGCAAAUUGGAUUUCAUUGCAAGAAUUUUGUGGGCCUUAAGACAAAGGGCCCCAUCAGCAGACAAGAAGCAUCAGCAAUUGCGACAUGGCUUCCGAAGAUCAAGUACUUAAUUCUCAACUAUUCAUAUUUGUUCAAGGAGAGCUUGAUGAUGAUACUGGAGGGUUGUAGAGAGCUGGAGGAACUGGAUGUGACUGAUUGUAGAGGUCUCGACGUUGAUGAUGACAUACUGAAAUUGGCUUCUCACAUCAAGACCUUUCGGUAUGGGUGGGUUUCUCCCAUGAAGACCAUUGAGUAUGGGUGCUCAAAAUUAUCUUAUUUUGUAUGA